AUGCUCAAAAAGGCCCGCCGAUGGAUAUUUGAGAAAGGUUGGGCACUGACCAGCAAGAAGUACGAAAUUCUCAACGCGAAGUCUUUUACACCCUCUCAUAGUGCGUUCUCAACCCGUCUAGCAAAGUUUGGAUUCAACUUCUUCUCCAUGUUCGUACCGGACCUGAUGCAUGAAUUCGAACUCAGUGUAUGGAAGGUGAUAUUCACGCACUUGCUCCGGAUCCUUUAUGCAGCGGGUGGGGACAAGAUUCAAGAAUUCAACCGAAGAUUUCGGAUGGUCCCUACUUUCGGGUGUGAUAUCAUACAGCGAUUCAGUCGCAACAUUUCCGGCAUGAAAAAGUUGGCCGCCCGGGACUUUGAAGACAUGUUACAGUGCAUUAUCCCCAUCAUCAAAGGCCUGCUCCCCAAGAACCAUGACAAGAUUGUUGCCGAUAUGCUGUUUGAGCUUGUGAAUUGGCAUGCACAUGCCAAACUGCACAUUCACAUGGACUGGACACUGAAGAUCUUCGAGAAGGCCACAGUCUCUCUCAGUGCUGCUGUGUGCCAAUUCCGUCGCACAACCUGUAAUGCCUUUGUCACACGGGAACUUCCAAAGGAGGAAGCGGCGAGAGGACAUCGUACAGCCGCAAUGGCCAUGAAGGGGGCCAAGGUCAAGGGCAAAGGUAAGGCUGGACAGAAGAUUAAGAAGCUCAAUAUGGAGACCUACAAGUACCACUCACUUGGGGAUUAUCCAAGGACAAUACAAAUCUAUGGCACCACUGAUAACUAUACUACCCAAGUGGGCAAACUCGAGCAUCGGCGAGUCAAGCGAUUCUACGCGCGCACGAACAAGAUCAAAUUUGCAUUUCAGAUUGCAAGACAUCAGCAGCAUGAGGCCAUUAUACAGUCCAUCAAGCGGAGGGAGGAAGAAUCUCGAUGA